AUGUGGGCCGAGUUAGAGGGAUCCAAUCUCGAUGCUGAUAUAAUAGAAAAAUUGGCAGCACAAGUCAAAGUCAAGAAGCCAAAGAUCAGGCAUGUUCUACUUCUGACCAUGGAGAGCACGCGCAAGGACAUGUUCCCUUUCAAGUACAACAGUCACGCAUACGACACUGUCCUAUCCUCCUAUGCUUCCACAAACGCCACCAUGGAACUCAAGGACAAACUUCGAGGAUUUACAAAGACUGCAGCCUUUCUGACUGGAGAACCUAGCGGUUUCGAGGCGUACGACACCGAAGCAUCGAAUGAAAGCUGGAAGUCGGCCUUCAAGGACGGUAUGGGGGCUAUCAACGUGAAUGGAGCCGUCUCGCAGGCCGCGUACACGCUGAAAAGUCUUCUUAGCAGCCACUGUGGUGUCGAGCCGUUGGCCGUCGAUUUUGCCGAAGAGACCAAGGGAACCAUUUACCAGCACUGCCUGUCUCAUAUUUUUAAGAACAUGAGUUCGGUGGUGAGCGACAAAAAGGCCGGCCAGAAAAAGGAUGGGCUUGUAAAGGACGACGAGAAGAAAGAUUUCCACUCGUUCCCCUGGGCGGAAACAAUGAUACAAUCCGUCACCGAUCAGUACGACUCGCAAGAUGUAUUGGAUAAGCAAAUGGGCUUUGACCAUGUCAUCGCAGAAAGUACUAUCUCGGACCCAACCUCAAAGCAUUAUCCCCCAAAGCAUCCCUUCGUCAACUACUUCGGCUACGAGGAAACCGAGACCUUCGACUACCUUCGCGAUCUUUUUGCUGAUGCAGAAAAGUCAGACGAGCGCCUUUUUGUGUCACAUCUCACGAGCACGCCUCAUCAUCCAUUCAAGACGCCCAAGGACUGGCCUGGUCAAGAAACAUAUAUGAGCCAACAGCAUUGGCGCCCCUCGGAUCCUUUCAACGAAUACAUGAACACCAUUCAGUACCAAGACGAGUGGAUUUCACAGAUCUUUCAGAUGUUGUACGAUGUGGGUGCACUUGAUGAAACGCUGGUAGUAAUGACUGGCGACCAUGGUCUCGCUUUCAGCUCUCUCGACAAGUCUCAAUCUGCAGUCAACAACGGUCAUGUAGCGAACUUUCAAAUCCCCAUCCUGUUCGUACACCCAGAUCUCCCCCGGAUUCAACUCAAUGCGUCAAUAACGCCUACAUCCAUUCUACCUACGGUUCUUGAUCUUCUACUCGAAACCGACUCACUUCCAGAGCCCGCAGCGAAGAUAGCCAAAGAGAUCUUGCCCAGCUACCAAGGUCAUUCACUCAUUCGCGAUCUCGAAUACCGAGUAAAGACAACCGACGGGGCCUCUGCCAAGUCAUUCUUUCAACCUUUCCAUUUUUCCGCGAUCAACCCGGGUGGAUCACUUCUUGCUAUCAGCGAUGCCUCGACGUCAUACCGCCUCGUUCUACCACUAUGCUCAACAAUUCCGCUCCGAUUCACUGACAUAUCUACCGAUCCGCAUGAAUGGGACCCCACAACUGCUUGGACUAUGGACGAGCUUAGGGCGCAGAUCAAGGUCAAAUACGGUUAUAGAGGCGAUGGUGGGUAUGGAAUCAAAGAGGGAGAUGGGGAUACUGGGGAGAAGCGAGAGAAACAAGCAGAGGAGGUGCAGAGGUAGGAGGGGAUAGAGGAAGAAUAAGAAAACAUCAUUGGUGGGAGACAAAAUAGACGGGAUCAUUUCACACGAAUACAGUAUUCCAUAAUAAACAAUUCAAAACAUUAUUAC